GGCACGCAGAUCGGGUAGCUACAGCGAUACCGACAUCAAGCAAAGCUGAAAGUGGAGGACCGUCUAUCCUACAAUCCUUUGCAACCGGCUGCCAUGGCUGCCUCCCCUCAAUGAGCGCUGUGAAAUUGCAAACAAGCCAAUGUAUCAUUACUUUAAGAAUACAUUUGUUUAAUCAUCAUCAGAUAUCAGAUUAAUCAUGAGCACUCAAUAUAGCAUACUUUUCAAGCAAGAACAUGCACAUGAUGAUGCUAUUUGGACUGCAGCAUGGGGGAAGAAUGAAAGAGAUGGUUCAGAAACAGUCAUAACAGGGUCACUGGAUGAUCUGGUUAAAGUAUGGAAGUGGACAGACGAGAAGCUUGAAUUACACUGGACACUAGAAGGUCAUCAGCUUGGUGUGGUUUCUGUAGAUAUAAGUCAUAAUGGUAGCAUUGCAGCGUCUAGUUCUUUAGAUGCUCAUAUUCGCCUCUGGGAUUUGGAUUCUGGUAAACAGAUAAAAUCAAUGGAUGCAGGUCCAGUGGAUGCCUGGACUGUGGCCUUUUCACCGGAUUCCAAAUAUGUGGCAACAGGAAGUCAUUUAGGAAAAGUCAAUAUCUUUGGUGUAGAAAGUGGGAAGAAAGAGUUUUCUUUGGACACAAGAGGAAAAUUUAUCCUGAGUAUAGCCUAUAGUCCAGAUGGGAAAUAUUUGGCUAGUGGCGCAAUAGAUGGUAUUAUCAACAUUUUUGAUAUUGCUACAGGAAAACUUCUUCACACUUUGGAGGGUCAUGCCAUGCCAAUCAGAUCUUUGACAUUUUCACCAGAUUCCCAACUUUUAGUCACUGCAUCUGAUGACGGAUAUAUUAAAAUUUAUGAUGUGCAGCAUGCUAACCUUGCAGGUACCUUGAGUGGCCAUGGAUCUUGGGUUCUAAAUGUUUCUUUUUGUCCAGAUGAUGCACACUUUGUUUCCAGCUCAUCUGAUAAGAGUGUCAAAGUUUGGGAUGUUAGUUCAAGAACUUGUGUGCACACAUUCUUUGAUCAUCAGGAUCAGGUUUGGAGCGUUAAGUACAGUGGCAAUGGUUCAAAGAUCGUGUCUGCAGGAGAUGAUCGAGCAAUCCAUAUUUACGACUGUCCUCUGUAGCUGUGGCCAGGAAACACUCGGAUUUUAAGCAGUUUUGAAAUUGCCAUUGACACAAAAUCCAAAGUCGGUAAUCAUGUUUAUACGUGGGACCCUGUUGUAUUGAACAGUUUGUAUGGCUCUAAUCCAUCUUUUUUUUUUUAAAGAAACAUUUUUGUAAAUAUAUAUUAAAAACCAGUUGCUUUAGAUACAUAUUUUUGGGUUCAUUUCAAAUUAAAAGCAAACAUUGAAAAAAAUACUUCAAAAAUAAAUUCAUUUUUAAGUUUCUUCUUUUUGCGAUGUGUUAAUUUAAAUUACAUGAGCUACUGUAUUUUAAUGCUUGAGCUAAUAGCUUUACUCUGAUCAGGCUUUUUUGUUUUUGUGUAAUGUUGUCACUGAAGAUGAGGAGAAGCAAACUGGGAUACAUUUCAGUCCACAGUAGCAUUAAAACAAUGUAACUUGGAACUCUAGAAUUAGAGACUUGAAAUUGUCUUUUGUGAAGCAGGGAAUAACUUUACAUACCAAGGCACCCUGAUCAGCAAUUUAAAAUUGUCUCUGUUGUGUUAAAUAAACACAACCAGAUGGCCUUUGACAUGGCAUCUCUUUACUGUAACGUGCAGCGCCUUUCCUCUCCCAGUCUUUCUGCUUUGAAGUCACUACUGAUUAUAGGUUUGGAGCAAAGACGCGGUAGGUAACUUCAUUGCUAUUAAGGCUGUAAGGAAUGAAUCUGCGUCCCAGAUGGGAUGAAUCCUGCUUCAUAGCCUGGCCAGGAGGUCACUGUUAAGGAAGGUCAGAGAGGUGGCUGCAAUAUUCCUCUUAAAUGGAAUAACACUGCAGCAGCAGUUACACCGUGGCUGGUGUCCCAGCUGCCCUGGAGGGACACCCAAUUUGGGUCUGGAAAGCUGGAAGGACAAGACAGUGGGUGACUGCCUGCUAUGAGCAGAACAUGCCCCUGUACUCUGGGCAGCAGCAUCCAGUCAGGCGAGCCCCAGUAUAGAUGCCUGCAGGGCAGCAUGAGAGUUGUGAUCCUGUCGGGUUCUGUGGGGGCUGCUGAGGGGAGCUUUUGGAUACUGACUGCACAAGGACCAGUGUGGUCCUGCCUGGCCCAGUAGCGAUUGAUUGAGCACUGGAAGUACUCCAGGGUUGGGAAUUAAAAGAAA